AUGAUGCGGUGGAUCGCAGUUUCAGGGCUGAUCGUGACUCUCGCCGCCUACGGCGAAUGCUACAAUUCCACUGCCGUCGAGCAGCAGCUGGCCGAAAGCUAUGCACCGAUAACUGUUGCCUGUCCCUCCGAUGUCGAAUGGAUCCGCCCUGCUACCGGUCUCAACCCCAAGGAGAGAGACUGGGUGUACGGGCGGAAAAAGACCGUCCUCUUCGCCCUCGGCGACUAUCUGGACCGACUGGACAUGCAAGACUUUGACGUCGGCGAGUACAUCUGCCGUCUCCGCGAGAAUGACUACGUCCACGUCCCGACCAUCGGGUUUGCCAUCAGCGGUGGCGGCUGGGCGUCGGCCCUGACGGGGACUGGGGCCCUGCGCGCGCUGGACUCGCUCGAGGCUGCCAGAGAGCAGGGCACCGGAGGCCUCUUGCAGAGCAUGACAUACAUCUCCGGCCUGUCUGGCGGUGGAUGGCCGGUCAUGUCCUUUGCAGCGCACAAUUUCCCUACUGCGGACGAGAUCCUCGUCCGGUGGCAGCCGCAGAUCAGCCGGUUGUUUGCGCAAAACAACUCACAAUAUGCGGCCACGGGCGAGUCUAUGUUCGAGGAUCUGGCAGCCAAGGCCCAGGCGGGCUUUAAUGUUAGUGUUGCCGACUACAUGAGCCGCGCGUGGUCGUAUGAAUUCGUCCCCGGCCCCCAUGGAGGCCUCAACGUGACCUUGUCCAGUAUCGCGAAGCUCAGCAACUUCGUCAACCAUCAGAUGCCGAUGCCGUUGUUCCAGGCGCCCUUUGUCGUGGACCAGGACGUGGAAUACUAUGGCAUCAAAGUGCCGUUCAAGAAUAUACGAAUUCACGCCGUUCGAGUUCGGCAGCUGGGACGAGUCCACGCAAGCAUUCACCCCGAUGGAAUGGCUGGGGACUGCCCUGGACCAGGGAUCCGUCGUAAACGCGAGCGCGUGCAUUUGAUCGAGCCGGCGAAGAUCAUCAUCAUCAUCAAUGACAUCGUCCCCCGAGGCGGUCUUCCCCGAGGCCGACAUCGAAGCGCUGGUUUAAGGAUUCAUGCAACAUUCCGCGAAUCGCUGAGCCAGAUAUCGUACGCCUGGUACCCCAAUCCGUUCGCGGAUCUGGCGUCCGUCUCGUCAGACAUCCGGUAUUCGAGCAGCCUGAGACUGGUCGAUGGCUCCGAGAACGGGCAGGCAAGCCCCCUGUGGACGCAGAUCCAACCGGCGCGGAAUUCCAGCUUCAUCAUCGCCUGGGACGACAACACGGAUGCGCCGCCGUACUUCUGGAACAACGGGACCAAUCUGUACAACACCUACCUUCGCGCGAACGAGACGGGGAUCCCGUUUCCCAUCGUGCCCUCAGCAUCGACGUUCAUCGCCCGCAACUACACGACUCGCCCCGUCUUCUUCGGCUGCGACGCCAACCUGACGACGACCAGGGAUGCGCGGGCCCCGAUCGUGGCGUACUUCGCCAACGCGUCGUACAGCGCCUACACGAACAUGACGUUCAUCCAGACCAACACGUCCUUUGCGCAGGUGCGCGAGAUCUGGGUCAACAGCUUCAACCAGAUGACCCAGGCCAACGGCACGCUGGACGGCGAAUGGCCCGUCUGUCUCGGCUGCGCGGCCAUCGAGGGGAGUCUGGCCAAGGUUGGCUUGCGGCGGACGGAGCAGUGUCAGCGGUGUUUUGACCGGUAUUGCUGGGAUGGCGUUGCGGUUGAGGAGCAGCCUGGCACGGAGGUCGUGGAUCCGUCGUUGGUGCUUGACCCUGAGUUGGGAUUCUUGGAGUGGGUGAAGACGAAUCCGUUUGGGACGAAGAAAUAA